CUGGUGGUGGGAGGAGGAGACUGAAGCAGACCGUAUAAAGAGAAGCGUGAAAGCCAGCAGAGCACACAACUGCACUGGACAUCCAGAGAGAAACUAAGGGCACAGAUCAGACUUCAUUCUUACUGGGGCACAAUGGAAACCGAGAAGAAGACGCAUACAGCAGCAGAGCAGAUGACUGACAGGGACUUGUCUGAACAAAUAAAAAAAGUGACUAAGGAGAGUCACGUUAGAGCAGAAAACACAGAACUGAUGCUGAGCUUCCAGAGGGGAAAGGUCACGCUUCCGCAAUAUAAGUUCCUCCUGUGUUCGCUGUAUGAGAUCUACCAGGCUUUGGAGGAAGAGAUGGACAGGAACUCGGACCAUCCGAGCGUUGCACCUAUUUACUUUCCUGCUGAACUGGCCAGGCUGAAGUCCAUUGAAAAAGAUCUGGAAUACUUCUAUGGUCAGGACUGGAGAAAGAAGAUUGUCAUUCCUGCAGCCACUAAAAGAUACAGCCACAGGCUCAGACAGAUUGGCAAAGAAAACCCUGAAUUCCUGCUUGCCCAUGCUUACACCCGGUAUCUGGGUGACCUGUCGGGCGGACAGGUUCUUGGUCGGAUCGCUCAGAAGUCCAUGGAUCUGAAAAAUGGUGAUGGCCUGUCCUUCUUUGCCUUCCCUGGGGUGUCCAGCCCCAACCUGUUCAAACAGCUCUAUCGCAGCCGAAUGAACAGUGUGGAGCUGACAGAGGAGGAGAGGAACGGUGUGCUGGAGGAGGCUGUCAGGGCCUUUGAGUUCAACAUUCAGGUCUUUGAAGAUUUACAGAAGAUGCUGACUGUCUCUGACAACAACCUGCAGAGCUCGAUGACACAGUCCAAGACAGUAAAGGCGAGCACACUCCACACGUCAGAAAACAUUUACACUUCCUCGCUGCUCAGGAUGGUCCUGGGACUGUUUGUGGCUCUGGCUACUGUCAGUGUGGGAAUGUACGCUUUAUAGAAAGAAACUCAAGAAAUACUGUGAAAUGAAGUGUUGCUGUUGAGGUUUGAAAUCUUUGCUUUGGUACUGUAAACCUAAAAGCAGAUAAAUCCCCACCUGAUUAUAACUGUAAGAUUUUAAGAACAUGUACAGAUCACAAAAUACUGUGUAACAUUUAUGUAAUUUAUCCAUAGGAACCAUUCACACUCACACACACGUGCAAUAAGUGUAAUAGUUUCUGAAUCUGUUACACUGAUAUCCAGUGUGGUUGAAAAUGUGCAAUAUGUGUGCUUUAAAUACUGUAAAUAUAUAUGAACCUUUUAAUAAAAUAUUCUGCAGAAAGAAAAUA